AGGCUUAUUUUUCCAUCUGUAUCAACCUUUUCCUUAAUUAAUUGUAUAUAAAUAGCUUUUGAUUCAAGUCACAUCUUGAAGGCUUGAUUAUCUUACUAAAUUCCCAAUUGGGGUAAUUAAAAAAAUUGAAUCUUGAAAUUUUUUGUAUUGAUUUGGUGUUUUUUGGGUUUUUCCAUAUUAUGCCCAACAAGUGUAAUUCCCAAUUGGGGUAAUUAAAAAAAUUGAAUCUUGAAGUUUUUUUGUAUUGAUUUGGUGUUUUUUGGGUUUUUCAUAUUAUGCCCAACAAGUGUUUGUUGUAAGUUCUAGCUGAAGAAAUUUGUAAAAAUGGAAGAAGGUGAAACAGGGUUAUUGUUGCAGAGUAACAAAGAAUUGCUUUCUUCAGGUUAUUCAAUACAUGAAUAUUCUGAAGAAAUCAAGAAGAUUAAAUCAGCUCUGACAUGGGUUUUUCUUGAUCAAUCAAAUCUAUGGAGGGCUGGUCUUUCUUGGUCACUUUUUUUCAUUCUUACAAUUGGGGUUCCAUUAGUAUCUCACUUUAUGUUUGCUUGUUUAACCUGUGAUACUAUGCAUCAGAGACCUUUUGAUGCUCUUGUUCAAGUUUCUUUAUCACUUUUUGCAACUUUAUCAUUUGUUAGUCUUUCUAGCUUUGCUCGGAAAUACGGGAUUCGGAAGUUUCUAUUUCUUGAUAAAUUGUAUGAAGAUAGUGAAAAGGUUCAACAAGGAUACACUGAACAGCUACAUAGGUCGAUGAAGAUCCUGUCAUCUUUUGUCCUCCCUUCUUUUAUUGCUGAGAGUAUUUACAAGAUAUGGUGGUUUUCCUCCGGGGGAACCCAAAUUCCUUACCUGUACAAUGCUGCUUUGAGCAAUAUCUUCGUAUGCAUACUGUUAAUAAGCUCCUGGCUCUACCGGAUAUCAAUUUCUUUCCUUGUAUGUGUCCUAUUCCGGUUAAUAUGCUCCCUGCAGAUCCUUAGACUGGAAGAGUUUGCUCAAGUUUUCGAGAAAGAAUCUGAUGUCUCAUCGAUCAUGAUAGAACAUCUCCGAAUCAGAAGAAAUCUUCGCGUCAUUAGCCAUCGGUUCAGAGUUUUCAUUUUGUCAACUCUAAUACUAGUUACCAUAAGCCAGUUUCUUGCCCUGCUUCUUAUUACUGAGCCUAGCUCCACUGUGAACAUCUUUACAGCGGGUGAACUUGCGUUGAGCUCAAUUACUCUGGUAACUGGACUUUUCAUGUGCUUACGUAGUGCAGCAAAGAUCACACACAAAGCACAAGCUGUUACAUCACUUGCUGCCAAAUGGCAUGCUUGUGCAACAAUCAGCACCUUAGAUGACAUGACUGAGGAGACUCCCAUGGCUCGGACCGUGACACCUCAGAUGGUAUACCCUAUCAAUUCCAGUUGGGACACAGACGAGGAAGGAGAUGGAGACGACGUGUUGGACAACACAAAUAUGGUACCAAUUCAUGCCAGUACAAUAUCCUACCAAAAGAGACAAGCACUAGUGACAUACUUCGAGCACAACAAAGCUGGAAUCACGGUGUAUGGUUUCAUGUUAGAUCGGACAUGGCUUCAUACAAUUUUCGCGAUUCAACUGUCUCUUACACUCUGGAUACUCAAUAAAACUAUUGGUAUUUCGUAAAUCCCAGUCAACGACAAGGUUUUUACUGUGUGUUUGUUCGUAGAUGUACAAAAAUCUGUGCGAUCGAUACGUAGA